CCGCCUCCCCCUUCCAGCUCACUCUCACUGCCUCCGUCGCAACCGCCGCCGCCAUCGGGUCGGCCGCCUGGUACUACCAUCUCUAUGGACAGGAAGCCUUCGCCUCGACGCCCGCCGAAGAGGGGUGAGUCAAUCGCUGGGGAGAAUUUCGGAGAUGGCCCUCAAUGGGAGUCUCCUCCGUUGCUCCGAUCAACCCGGCUGUAUCAAACCAGGCCCGUGAAGCUGACGUCUGGAUUUCAAGUUUGCACCCGACUGCUUACCCUUGGGAACAUGCCAAGUGGACCAAGACCUUCGACCACGCCGCUCUCCGCCGUGGUUUCCAGGUUUACCGUGAAGUCUGCGCCAGCUGCCACUCCCUGACCCGUGUGCCCUGGCGUUCGUUCGUCGGUGUUAUGCACACCGUCGACGAGAUGAAGGCGUUUGCCGAAGAGAACGAGUACGACACCGAGCCCAACGACCAGGGUGAGAUCGAGAAGCGCCCCGGAAAGCUGUCGGACUACAUCCCCGCCCCCUACAAGAACGAGGAGGCUGCCCGCGCUGCCAACGCCGGUUCUCUGCCCCCCGAUCUCAGCUUGAUUGUCAAGGGCCGCCACGGUGGCUGUGACUACAUCUUCAGUCUUCUGACCGGUUACCCCGAUGAGCCCCCUGCCGGUGCCACCGUCCAGGAGGGCAUGAACUUCAACCCCUACUUCCCCGGAACUGCUAUUGCUAUGGGCCGUGUUCUCUUCGACGGUGUCGUUGAGUAUGAGGACGGCACCCCCGCCACUACCUCCCAGAUGGCCAAGGACGUCGUUGAGUUCCUCAACUGGGCUGCCGAGCCCGAGAUGGACGACCGUAAGAAGAUGGGUGUCAAGGCCCUGACUCUUCUGACCGGUCUGUUCGCCGUCAGCGUCUGGGUCAAGCGUUACAAGUGGUCCCCCAUCAAGACACGAAAGAUUGUGUACAGCCCCCCUGUUUCCCGGCGCUAAAGUGCCGCGGUGGACUAUAUGAAUGGCAAAAUGGGAAGGGGCCCGAAGACGGCUAUUGAAUAAUGCGCGUCCCCAAUUCCAGGCUGGGAGUUCUGUCGCCGUCCUUUCGUCCGCCACACCCCCCCUUUUUUCUUUAUGUUCGAUGGUCUACUUGUUUUGUUAGAUGUUAUUCAGGACACCUGUAUCUGUAUCUUAGAUAUUUAUUCUCCUUUAAAACCUUGUUUGAAGAUCCAAUGUCACUUAUCUCCUUUGUUGCCGUGCCUGCUUUCUCGGUGGUAGGACUUGGCGCCCGUGGUGCGAUGGGGAGUGUUCUCGCGAUCUACAAAAGCCAAAUUCUUUUGAUAUAGAGCAUGCGAUGUGGAUGUUGGAUGUGGUGAUAUAUGUAUUUAUUGGGCCUAAUGUACUGACU